UGUGUGAGUGGGUGGGGUGGGGGGGUAAGGAUUUGGCAGCGAGCUCGGGAAGUUGUGAGUGCGAGUUGGCCGGGACACAACAACAACAACAAAUCGUCAAACGGAGAAAUCGCCGCCGCCGGACUCAUCGGCACUUGCAUAGGCAGACAAGACAGCCACAGCAGCAGCAGCAACAGCAGUAGCGGCAGUAGCCCCGAUACAGCCACCCACUCCUCCUCCUCCAAUGCCGGCUGAAGAGCGCCCUCGGCCCGUCCGGCCGUGAGAAAAGUUGCGCAAACUCCUGCGGGCUGUCAAGUGUGAAGUUUCAUCUUCGGCCCCCGCCGCCGCCGCCUCUUCUUCGUCUUCGUCAUCCUCCGCUCGGGUAGAGGUGUCUCCCUCCCUCCCUCCAUCCCUCCAUCCUCCCUCUACUCAUCCUCCCCGCUCGCCAUGGCGAGGAGAGCGCGGGGAGACUGCGGCCAGCGCCGCGGUGUGCGUUGGACGAUGGUGCCGGUGCCGGUGCUGCUGGUGCUGCUGGUGGUGCUGCUGGUGAUGGUGCUGACGAUGGGGGUGGUGGGGGUGGUGGGGGUGGUGCACGCGUGCCCCGAGUCGUGCCGCUGCAGGGACGCGCACGCGGACUGCGCUGCUGCUGCUGCCGCGGGGCUGCCGCUCUCAGUGAUGAAGCUCAUGCAGCAGCUCCCGGCGGGGACAGAGCACGUAGAUUUGAGCAACAAUCAACUGGAGGACAUUGAUGCCAGCGCUAUGAUGAGCCGCCUGCUAAACCUGAAGGAAGUGAAAGUGGCUCACAAUGAACUCACAGAAAUAGCAAGCUUUGGAAAAUCGUCUGAAAACAUCACCGUCUUAUCAUUACAGCACAAUCGGAUCGCACGGAUCCGCGCGGAGCGCCUCGAAGGCUUCCGCUCUCUCGAGACGCUGGACCUGAGCUUCAAUCGCAUUGCGGACAUCGCCGGCUCCUCCUUUCCCAUCGGCCUCCGUCUCGCCAAGCUAUAUCUCAAUAAUAACAGGAUUAAGGUCUUGAGGCCUGCAAGUUUUGACACAUUGGGUGCCACGCUUAAGAUUCUAAAACUAAGCAAUAAUCGGAUCACCGUUCUGACCACUAAACUCUUCCAGCUGCCUUCGCUCCAGCACCUUGACCUGAGCCGAAACAGGCUGCAGAGGGUGGAGGGUUUGGCUUUCUCCGAGCUCGCGUCGCUCGAGUACCUACGGCUGCAGCGCAACAGCAUUUCUUCCCUCAUGGACGGCGCCUUCUGGGGUCUUCACAGGAUACAGAAAAUUCAGUUACAGCACAACAGACUCACGGAGGUGAGCACGGGGUGGCUGUACGGGCUGCAGUCCCUCCGCCACCUGCAUGUGAGCCGCAACGCCAUCACCGCCAUGGACUCGGAGGCGUGGAAGUUCUGCGAAAACCUCUGGGAGCUGGACCUCUCUCACAACGGCCUGACCCGUCUCAACGAGGCCGCGUUCGUCGAGCUGGGCUCCCUGCAGAGCCUCUCGUUGGCUCACAACGCCAUCAGCCACAUCGUGGAGGGAGCCUUCCGCGGGCUGUCUUCUCUCCGUAUCUUGGACUUGGGAGGCAACCAGAUUUCCUGGACGGUGGAGGACAUGCAAGGAGCAUUCACGGGUCUCAGCGCCUUGAGCAAACUAAGCCUGCAUGGAAACCAGAUAAAGUCGAUUGCUAAAAAGGCCUUCGUGGGACUGGAGAAACUGGGACAGCUAGACCUGAUGGGCAAUGCAAUCGUGUCAAUACAAGCCAACGCCUUCAACACACUCAAGUUGCUUCAUCAGAUGAAGCUGAACACCAGCGAGCUGCUCUGCGACUGCCAGCUCAAGUGGCUGCCCGGCUGGCUGACGGAGCGCGGCUUCGCGCAGUCGGUGGCCGUCGCCUGCGCCCACCCGGCGUGGCUCAAGGGGAGGAGCGUCCUCUCCGUCCGGCAGGAGAACUUCGUGUGCGACGACUAUCCCAAGCCGCACAUGGUGGUGCACCCGGAAACUCGUGCAGCCGUGCGGGGCUCCAACGUCUCCUUCAUGUGCUCGGCCGCCUCGAGCAGCGAGUCGCCCGUCACCUUCCUGUGGCGCAAGGACAACGCGCCGCUCGCAGAGGUGGGUGCGGAGGUGGAGCGCUUGGAAAGGGCCCGUCCCGCGGAAGGCGGCCUAGGUGAGUUCACCUCCUACCUGCACCUGCGCGCCGUCGACUUCCACCACGAGGGCCGCUACCAGUGCAUCAUCUCCAACUCCUUCGGCUCCUCGUACUCUGGCAAGGCCCGGCUCACCGUGAGCGUGCUCCCGUCGUUCACCAAGACCCCGGCGGACCUGAGCCUGCGCGUGGGCUCCACGGCGCGGCUCGAAUGCGCCGCCGGGGGCCACCCAUCGCCGCAGAUCUCGUGGCAGAAGGACGGCGGCACGGACUUCCCGGCAGCGCGCGAGCGGCGCAUGCAUGUCAUGCCCACCGACGACGUCUUCUUCAUCGUCGAGCUCAAGGCCGACGACGCGGGGACGUACAGCUGCAUCGCGCAGAAUGCCGCCGGCACCAUGUCGGCCAACGCCAGCCUCUCCGUGCUUGAGACGCCCUGGCUGCUGAGGCCGGUGCAGGACCGUGCAGUGGCCGCGGGGGAGACGGCCGUGCUGCAGUGCAUCGCCGGCGGGAGCCCCCCGCCUCGCCUCAACUGGACCAAGGACGACGCGCCGCUGCUGCUCACCGAGCGGCACUUCUUCGCCGCGAGCUACCAGCUCCUCGUCAUCGUCAACUGCGGGCCCGAGGACACCGGAAGGUACACGUGUGAGCUGUCCAACACGCUGGGCACGAUGCGUGGCCACGCCUUCCUGAGCGUGCUGCCCCCCGGCGACUGCCCCCUGGCCGUCCCCGACGGCUCGGCGAGCGGCGGCGGCGGCUCGGCGCACGGCACCCUGGGCGGCGACGCCAGCGCCACGGUGGGCGUGGUGGUGAUCGCCGUGGUGUGCUGCGUCGUGGGCACCUCCGUCGUGUGGGUGGCCAUCAUCUACCACACCCGGCGCAAGACCGAGGCCUUCGGCGUCAGCGGCUCGGAUGAGAAUUUUGUUUCACCGGAUGUACCAAGUUAUCUGGCCUCUCAGGGAACGCUGUCAGAACACCACCAUAAGCUCAAUGGGCACUCCGAAAUAAACAACACAAACCCACUCAUGUCCAGCUCAACGAACAGAGGCCUGCUCCACCCAACCGCCACAAGAGGUGGUCAGACUGAUUCAGUGCAGCUGUGCUCAGACUGCUUGGACAAUACUGCGCCGUACGCCAACGAGAGGCACGGCCAAGUAUGCGGUGCAGGCGUGGGAGAGGAUGAACAGGAAUCAGACCUUGAUCAGGCACUUUCAGCCCAACCUCCGUGGACUACCGCUGGGGUCCUUCCGGUUGACGUGGCAUCUGUUUCAGAAGCCAGCGGCCUGUGCAUGCGGGACGCCUGCAGCCGCCAGGGCUCAACUGUCGCAGAAGAAGAACGAGAAAAAAAGUGAGCCGGUCCACUUCCUGAACUCUGUCACUUUGGCCUCCAGCCUCGAGAGUCCAUCGACUUUCCAGUCAUUUGGGAAGACGUGCUGCACUUCCGAAGAGGGCCAAUCGGAGCAUUUACUCAAUCACUGACACGUCGGACCUUUUCGCCGGUGGAGUGGAAGAAAUCUGCGGAAGUACCAACAACCCCUUUCGGCAAAAAUGUGUCAUUUGGUUUCCUUUCCUGGUUCGUUCUCUGAAGUCUGAAUGGGCGAAAAAGGGACAUCUUUUAAAAUGUACAGAGCCAGUGCUUUAUACAGGGUUCAGUUAUCACAAUGGUGAUGUUUGGGGAUGAGUAUCAAUGUUUAUUUUAACAACAGUGAUAACCCCGAGAUCACUUCAUCUGCAAUCUGACUCUCGUUUUUAUCGUGCAACUCUUGGGAAAUAGGUUUUAGUUGUCAAAUAACGUUUUAUUAUUUUAAACGUUCUGUUUUAAAAGAUCGCGCUUACAUUGCGACGCUUCGUUUCACCGACUUCCAAGUUGCUACGCAAAGAAUGUGUGUGCUUUCGGUGACUCUUUGCGUUCACAGCAAAACACGUGAUGCGUUUCACCAGCAACAAGGCGGGCACUUUAAUUGCGAGAUGUUGGCCAUCCGUUCUCUUUGGCCCUCGUUGUUAAGUUAGGAGAACGGUGUUGUUGUGUUCAGGGGGGUUAUUACCGCGCGCUUGCUAAUAUCCCGUUACCUGUCGUUUGCAAUGGGAGUGUUACGCAGAAUGGUCCGGGCAUGUAACGACGUAUCGGAUCGCUCGCGAUUUUUUUUUGUGCGUUCGGGAUGAGCGCGUUGAAUUGCGCGCGCGCGAAGGUUUUGAAAACUUGGACUGUUUUUUGCUAGAUCGCAUUCAAAUAAAUACAUAGGCAAAUGUUACUUUUAACUGAAAAAAUAUAUAAAUAAUGCGACCAAGACGGGCAAUAUUUUGACGGAAAAAUGAAAACAUCUCGAAUUUAAUCGUGACCCUGAAUUGUGACGAGUGAUCGUAUCGCUGAGCGGUAUGAAUUGUUACGUGCCUAAUCAUAAUAAUAAUGUGUUAGAGCCUGUCAACAUCCUUGACAGUUUCUCAUUUAGCACAACAACAACAUUGGUACAACAAGAACACGUUUAUUGUUAUUAAAUAGCAAUUGUACAUGCUUUCAUUAGGAACAUACGAUGUUUCAUAGAGGCCUUCUGUAGGAUAGGUAUCCAGGGUAAUUUGAGAUUAUGUUUCCGUGGAAAACUGUGCCCUUCGGAGAUUGAUUUCUCAACAACUGGUUUUCAAGAAAUGCCACAACAUAGAUUCUCAUGUUUACAAAUUAAAGGAUGUAAUAUAUAAGUGCUAGACGCAUUUCAUAAGAAUAGGAAGAUGACUUAUGGAUGAAUGUUUGGCGUUUGUGGUAGUGGUAGUGGUGGUAUUUUUCGACUUGUCAUACGACUGUACAGACUGUGGGUGACUGGCUUGGAUUGAUUGUCCAUCCCUUGAUUUUUAUCCGCAGAUAUAAGAGUAAAAUAACAUUUCAGCAAUAAUACGUCAGCGCUGAAUUUCCAUAUAAAUUGCGUGGGCUUUGUUCAGAAUAGCGUUCAGUGUGCGGACACAGGUUCAUCCCAUAAAGUUGAUUCAUUAUGCUCUCGUACAAGUAGGAGCACAUUUGCCUAAAAGUCUGGCAAAAAAUCAAGCCUUUUUUCACGUCUUUAAUGCACUUAAUACGCUUUCGUGCACUCAUUAUACUUAAGCACGCGAAGCAAUUUAAUAUUCAGUUAUUUUGGGGCGGGGGGGGGAUGGAAAGGCUGAUGUGAAAUAUGUCAAAGUGCCAAAUGCUCAUAGAUGCGUUCACCUGACCUGUUGACACCAUUUGGCAAAAGUCACUAUCACUUUCAAACUCGCGUCAUUGCUCGCAAGCGAAUCAAUGGGAAGCAUUUGAGGACACGUUUCCCACAUCAGUGGGUGAAGAAAUAAGAAGACCCCCCCCCCCCCCCC